AUGAAGAGCUGCUCCCGGUGCCUGAAUUCCCAGCUCCAGGAAGCAGUCAGGAAGAAGCUGUGGGCUCUGGAGAAUGAUGACCGAGAAGUCUGUGCUCUCUUCAAGGAGCUCUCAGCCAGGCUGGUCUGUGUACAAGCACAGGAGGAUCGGUUCCUGCUCACCUUUAAAACCCUUGAAGAAAUCUGGAAAUUUUCCACAUAUCUGACCUUAGGCUAUGUGUCCAAGUGCUUGGAGCAGCUUCUCUUUGACCAGAUAUACUGGCUAAACUGUGCUCUUAUGGAGGACACUGAGAUCAAAGUUACUGUAAAUGAAGAUCGCCUGGCCACCAUAUAUCUGGGGCUGCUACUCCAGGAAGGUAACUUUUUUUCCAGGGCAGUGCCUACUGUCUGCCAGACAGAGGAGGAACGAGAAGAUGGCCUGAAGUUCUGCAGCAAUGAGCUGAUGCAUGUGAAGAACAUUGGAGAUGAGUUCAAGUGGGAAGGGAUGUCCUUAUUGACAGGUCAACGAGGCCUGGUGCCCGUGACAGCUCUAGAGCCAGUACCUCAACCAUUUUAUCAGUGGUUCUUGAAGAACCAUGUUGUGAAUUUCGGCAUCUCCCAGGAGAUAAGUGGGACAACUUCUCAGACAAUUGUUAAAGGCAGCUGCACAGCCAAAGAGGACCACCGAGGAGAAACCUGGAAUGAACUGAGUUUCUCCAAAGGAGACAGCAUAGAAGUCAUUGGCUUCCUUAUUCCAGGACUGCCGUGGUUUGUGGGAAAAUCCCAGAGCAAUGGGAAUAUUGGCUUUGUCCCAACCACAUGCAUAAAUCCUGAGGCCUGUGAACCUCUGGGAAAGGGCUUGGAAUUUCUGAGCGAAGAAGAGAAAGUCUCCCUGCUGCGCGUCCCCUGCAAUGGCAACGAGCAGCACUUCACCACCCUGCUCAGUGACCUGGCAUGCACGGACAUCACCUCCCUGUACCGGCUCGGCUUCUUGUUUUUUGUUUGUCUCCUUGUCUGUGUAGAUGGUUUUGAACCCACAGCCACAUUCCCAAAAGUACCACCAGAGGCUGUUCUCCAGAGCUAUAAGGAUAUUCAGCUGCUCCAGUCUUGGGAGGAAAUAAACAGCUUUACAACACCUAGCACCUCCGAGAAGUCUAGCCCAGGGAAUGAAUCAGCUCCUACUACGCUGGAAGAUAUCUUCCUGGAGAAGUCAAAUGACUUUGAUGAUCCCAAGUUCUUCAUUGACCUGAAUGUUGGACACAUGGAGGAUGCUGAUGUCUUUGAUCCUAUAUUGACCUUCCUUAACCAAAGCAGUUAUGUGCCCAAUUUUCAAAGCCUCUACGAUCUCAGUUUUUCCUUUCUCAGCUCCACUUUUUAUGGUUUUUCUGAUGAAGAUGAACUGGUUUUGUACCUUGAGACCUGCAGGAACUGGGCCAAGAGGACUCAUUCAGCCUGGGCUCAUAUUCGACUCUGUUUCCUCUUGGGUAAGCUCUGCAUCAAAAAGGUCAAGUUCUCUCAGGCUCGAGUCUACUUUGAGGAAGCUAUGAGCAUCCUGGACAUGGGUUUUGGGGAUCUGCCCCUGAUGGCUGCAUUGCAUGUGAACCUUGCCUCCAUCUACUUGAAACAAAACAUGAAGAACAAGUUCUCCUCUUUGCUGACCCUUCCCUAUUCUUCCCGUACAUCGCGAGAUCUUCCGAGCGCCGUACCCUACAAGGCACUGAAUUUCUCCCGUGACAACAGAGCUGUGCCCACCCAGAGGACUCUGUGUGCCAUCUUGUCCCGAAUGUAUCUCCAGCAUGAUGUGUUGGAUGGGGCAGUUUGUUACGCAGCCACGGCUGUAGCUCUUAGUAGGAUGAUGAGUGAGGAGGAGGCUUUUGAGUCUUCUCUCUAUUUGGGGUGGAUGUAUCUCUUGGACAGCCAGCCGGGCCCAGCUGCAGAGAUCAUGUGGCAGCUCCUACACUCACUGCAUGGGACGGACAGUGUGACUCAAGGUGGAGCCGUUCACAACCUGCUGGCCAUUGCCCUCAAGGGAGAAGGGCAGGUGCAAAAAGCUGCAGAGAAUUACCUCCGGGCCCUAUAUAAAGCCAAAGAGACUGGGAACAAGAGGAACCAGGCUAUCACCUUGGCUAACUUGGGGCAGUUGAGCCUUUCACAUGGGGCAAAGCAGUUGUCUGAGAUCUACCUGCUCCAGUCUGCUGAGCUCUAUGCUGAGCUCCAGGGCACUGAAGACCUGGAGAUGGAGUUGGGCCGGGUGCUGCUUUGGCUGGCACAGGCCAUGAUAAACAGGCAGAGGAUAGAAGAUGGUAAACUCUGUUAUGAACUGGCACUGCUCUUUGCCCUGAAGUGGCAUAAUGUGAGGAGUCAGCUUCACAUCACUGAGUCUCUCUGUCAUUUCUACAGCAAAGUAUCCCCCAAUCUCCAGGCCUGUAUUACCUACCAUGAGCACUGCGUAUCUCUGGCACAACAGCUCCGGGACAGAGAGAUGGAAGGCAAUAUCCAGCAAGCCCUCAGCCAGCUCUACCAGGCUCUGGACACAUCCAAAGCUUUGAAACAGUCCCUGGACUGCACCAAGCAGAGUCUAAGGAUCUUCAUUGACCUUGGGGAAACAGUCAAAGCAGCAGAGGCCUGGUUGCAGGCAGGCAGGCUCUACUAUCUCCUGCAGGAAGAUGAGUUGGUGGAAAUGUACUUUCAGGCAGCUAUUCAGACUGCUGUGAAAUCUGGGGACUUCUGCUUGGCCAUGGACCUUUAUGAAAAAGCAGGCGAUACCUUUUUUAAUGGUAGCCGAAACAGAGAUCGAGCAGUGGAGUAUUAUAGGGGAGGUGCUGUGCCCUUGGCCAGAAAACUGAAGGCCAUUAAGACAGAGCUACGGCUGUUCAAUAAGCUAGCAGAGCUGCAGAUUGGGCUGCAGGGCUACGAGAAGGCACUGGAGUUUGCCACGCUGGCAGCCAGGCUGAGCACCAGGGUGGGAGAUCAACUGCAAGAGCGGGUCGCCUUCCAUCGCUUGGCUACAGUCUACUAUUUUCUGCAGAUGUAUGAGAUGGCUGAAGAUUGCUACCUGAAGACCCUUGCCUUGCAUUCUCCCUUGCUGCAGUGUGCUGGAGAAGCCCUCUACUACUCCAAGGUCUACUGCCACCUUGGCAACCUGACCCUGCACAAACUGAAGGAUGAACAGGAUGCAGCAGGCUACUUCCUCUUGGCCCUUGCAGCAGCAACCGAAGUGGGAGACCAGGAGCUGCAAGGCAAUAUACAUGCCAAGCUGGGUCGCAUCUACAGUGCUCCUCUCUGCCACGUGGACACACCGGGAUGUACCAUGUAUCGGGCCAGGUGGCUGAGCGAAGGAGGACACGUCGUCUGACCGGCAUCCAAGGUGGACUUGAGUGUAGCCAGUAAAGGCAACUUUCUGCCUCGUUGCUGGCACAGGUCCAUGUACUUUCCAGAACAAAUGGCCUGCAGAAGGUCCUGUGCAGCAUCCUGAGAAGGCUGGCAGUGUUUUAUCUUCUCCUCUCUGACAGAUGUGGGACCAAGAGCUUGGCACG